GUGCAUUACGUGCAGUGCUGCGGCUGCGCAGUCCGGACUCUCGUGAGCCGGAAACACAACAUGUGUGUCAUGUGAUCUGUGCCCCUUGUGCUGCAUGUAGCUGUCAGGUAAACAGACAGAAGCUGCCUGAUAACACGACGAGACACUGACCACCAUGGCUGAUGAUUUGAAGAGAUACCUGUACAAACAGCUGCAGAGUGUCGAAGGUCUUCAUGCCAUUGUGGUGACCGACAGGGACGGAGUCCCCGUUAUUAAAGUUGCCAAUGACAACGCCCCGGUCCACGCACUGAGACCUGGCUUCUUGUCCACUUUCGCGCUGGCUACAGAUCAGGGCAGCAAGCUGGGCCUCUCCAAGAACAAGAGCAUCAUCUGCUACUACAACACCUACCAGAUCGUGCAGUUCAAUCGGUUACCACUGGUCAUCAGUUUUAUUGCCAGCAGCAGCGCCAACACAGGUCUCAUCAUGAGUCUGGAGAAGGAGUUGGCUCCUCUAAUAGAGGAGCUGAGGCAGGUGGUGGAGGUGACAUAAUCCAUGAGAGUCAGGACAACCCGGAGCAGGAUGCACAGCAGAAUCACCACAUCCUGCUCUGUCAUGGUGCAUUCAUGUCCCCCGGGUUAACAUUCAAAUCAUAAUAAUUUGAAAUAGCUUUUUGUUCUGGUGACUUUGCUUUCUGCUGUCUUCUCUAGAAUUGUAGGUGCAUUUUCACAGCUAAGAGUUUUUACGUCAAAUCAAAUGUCAUGAAGUCUGAAUAAAUGUUUCAUUUUUAGCACCUAA